AUGGCAAUUACAGCAAAUCUAUUUGUGAACCAAAAAGGUUCAACAACAUCAUUAAAACAACCAAAACAAUUUGGACAAUACUCAAGGACACAAGAAGGUGAGUUUUUAAUUAAUGAUGACUCAAGAUUAAACUAUUAUUAUUUACCUGACUCGGAUUUAGACAAAUAUUUAGAUUUAUCUAGUGGUAUAAAGAAAUUUAAAGAUUGCUCUAAACAAAUUGAAGAUCGAUGUAGUUUACGUGGUUUAUUGAAAACAAUCAUGAUCAAUGAACAACGCAAAGAUAUUCCUACCAAGGCCGAUAUUAUUACUUUCAGAGGUGUGAUGAGAAAAUUGAUAUCUGCAGCUUUUGAUACACCAGAAUAUAACCCGGUAGAUCUACGUAUAGUUUCGUUCGACGGUCAAAUAUUCAUUAAAGAUGUUACCAAACAAGAAACUCAAGAUCCAAUAGAUUUAAAUUGUUACACAGGCUACAAAUUCGAAAGUUUAGCAACCCUGUCUCAACCGUUACCUCUUGUGUCAAGAACUACUUUGGAAAAGAGACCUAAAAAGAUAAGUAGCAAUGGAGAUGAAUAUAUUGCCGUUGUAAAAACAGGUGUCGGUAGCAGUAAAUUGGUUUUAGGAGCAGAAAUAGAUUGUAUUUUUGAUUUUAAAGAAGAAAAUAAAGAUAAUUUAAGACAUUACGCCGAAUUGAAAUGUAGCACUCAAAUAAUCACUGCUGCUGAUGCUCAUAGAUUUGAAAGAAAAUUAUUCAAGACGUGGUUACAAUGUUUUUUAGUGGGUAUUCCAAGAAUUAUUUAUGGAUUUAGGGAUGAAAACUAUACUUUAAAAAGUGUAGAGGAAUUUUCGACUGAAGAGGUACCCAUAUUAUUAAAGGAACAUAAUCCAAAAAUGAAUACGAGUUGUAUAGAUGCUAUCAAAUGGUAUGGCCUUUUAACAGAAUGGCUGUUAAAAUUGAUCCCUAGAGAUUCAGGAGAUGAAAUUAGACCAUAUAGAUUAGUAUUUGAGAAUAACCACCUACGUUUGACAGAAAUAGAGAAAGGCGAAACUGAAUUUGAAGAUAUUGUAAAUGGGGAAUCAGUUUUAACAAAUGAGUUCAAAGAGUGGAGGAGGACCCUACGAUCUAAAUCUAAUUGA